GUCCUUAAUUUUGAAUAAAAUUACAUUUAUCUAAUGAUAUAGUUAGUUACACACUACUUCCCAGCUCUGUAUCUGUGAUCUUUCUUAUGCUUCGUUACUGAUUUAACAACAAUAACAAUGGAGUUCCUUAUUAGCUCAUAUAAUUUUAUUAUAACGACUCUUAUUGUGGUCUUCUUCCUACUCCAAAAGGGUUCUUCAGUUUCCUUCAGCUUCCCCAGUUUCGAUCAAAAUAGCAUUAACCACAUUAAACUCGAGGCGGACGCCUAUCUAGACAACGGGGUUCUACAGCUCACAUUGCUUCCUCCUAAUUCUUCUAUUCCCCACGGUAACGGUCGAGCCUCGUACAACAAGGCUGUCCAACUUCGGGAUCCCGAAAGGGAACUUCUUGCAAGCUUCACCACUAAUUUCGAAUUUGUAAUGGAUGGAGGCCACAAAAAUAAUAGCGGAGAUGGAUUAGCGUUCUUCAUUGCGCCGUUCAACUCAGUUAUUCCUAAUAACUCAAAAGGCGGAAACCUCGGACUGAUACCCAGAGAAUCUGAUUCGAUUGUAAGUAAUCCUAUCGUUGCAGUGGAGUUUGACACCUUUAAGAAUUACUGGGAUCCUAACUCCAAUCAUGUUGGUAUCAAUGUCAACUCCAUUGUCUCAAAUGUACAUGUCUCACCGAAGACUAAAAUGACAAAUGGUUCAAGAGUGGGAAAUGCUAGAAUAAGUUACAACUCUACUUCUAAAAAUUUAACCGUGUUUCUCAGUUAUGCGGGUGAUGGUACAGUGAUUGGUGAAAACACUAGCCUUUCAUCUCUAGUUGAUUUGACGUUCUUAGGGGAAGAGGUCAGAGUUGGUUUCUCUGCAGCUACAGGUUCAUAUGUGCAAUUAAAUAAAGUUUUGUCUUGGUCAUUUCACUCAAAUAUCUUUCACAAUAAUAAUACCAUAUCUGCUAUCCCAAGCCCCACACCUCCCUUGGAAACUAAAAAAGGGGGAGGAAGCCAUCAAUUAUCAAGAAUCGGUUUCGGUGUGGGCUCUGGUAUUCUAUGCUGUGGACUGGGCUUGGUAUGGUUCAUGUUUUGGAGAAAGAGAGUUGGUAGGGAAGCAGAAACAGAGGAGGAAGAUUCCAUCGAUGGAGAAUUAGAAACAGGGAUUGGCCCCAAGAGGUUUACUUACCGGGAACUAAGUCAAGCAACAAACAACUUUUCAGAAGCUGGGAAGCUUGGAGAGGGAGGCUUUGGAGGUGUCUACAAAGGCAUCUUAGGAGAAUCCAACACUGAAGUGGCGGUUAAGAAAGUUUCUAAGGGCUCAAGGCAGGGUAAGAAAGAGUAUAUUUCUGAGGUAAAAAUUAUAAGUCGUUUAAGACAUAGGAAUUUGGUUCAACUUAUUGGUUGGUGCCACAAAGGAGAUGAGCUUCUUGUUGUUUAUGAAUAUUUGCCUAAUGGAAGCCUUAAUAAACACCUACGUGGUGAAAAACCCAUGCUACCGUGGGCAACAAGGCAUAAAAUAGUUAUUGGUUUGGCCUCAUCUCUUUUGUAUCUUCACGAAGAAUGGGAACAAUGUGUGGUGCAUAGAGAUAUCAAGUCGAGCAACAUCAUGUUGGAUUCAAACUUCAAUGCUAAGCUAGGAGACUUUGGGCUGGCAAGGCUAGUUGAUCAUGAAAGGGGUCUAGACACAACUCUGGUAGCUGGAACAAGAGGUUACCUAGCUCCUGAAUGUUUAACUACCAGCAAGGCUAGCAAGGAGUCCGACGUCUAUAGCUUUGGCGUGGUAGCACUUGAAAUCUGUAGUGGAAGAAAGCCAAUUGUAUCAAAUGCAGAAGAGGGUAAGGUGAUGCUGGUGGAGUGGGUAUGGGAGCUUUACGGGAGUGACCAACUUGUUGAGGCAGUUGACAAGGGACUUGUUGGUACGGAAUACAAUGAUAAGGAGAUGGAGUGCGUGAUGGUUGUUGGGCUGUGGUGCUGCCAUCCUGAUCCAACAUGUCGGCCCUCUAUAAAGCAAGUGAUGAGUGUUCUUAACUUUGAAGCUGCUUUGCCUAAUUUGCCGCCCAAGUUACCUGUGCCAAUGUAUACUAUGCCUCCCUGUCCCUCAAGUGUUAGCUCUGAUCUUGACCCCCAUUAUUCAUCUUCCGUUAUUACAGGGAGAUAAAUCAUAUAUUAUAUUAUAUAUAUAUAUAUACUGUUGUUUAUUAUGCAUUUGUCAUUUGCUAUCCUUGUAUAAUAAAUAGCAUCAGACAUAAGAUAUUUCUUUGAGCUGGUUUUGGCAUUCUCUUUGAUCGAGGUUUUUGCAUAUUGUGUCAUGUUUUACUUACACACUUUCUUCUAAGCAUUGUUUGUGCCUUUUAUAUUUUUCCAUUUUUUGGAAGUUUCUCUCCAUUUUCGGUAUUAUAUGGGAUUUCUAUAACUGUAUUACUUAUAAAUAAUUGUUCAUGAGUAAGUAUAUAUUCAUGAAGUUCACAGAGUUAAAUUAGUAUUGAUUUAGAUUAAUCAUCGAAACGAAAACUUUGCUUCAUGAGUAUAUUCUUAUAAGAAUCGUAUGUGCUUUUAUUUAUUUAUUUUUUUAUCAAAUUUUCAUUUCUCAUUUAUAGACAAUAUUUUUU